UAAGCGGGACCCAGCUGACUACAGCUGGGCAAUGGUUGGUUGUUAUUUCCCAAGAUCAAUUGCCAACCCAGGGGGGUGCGGUGUUGCUUAUGACGCUUAUCGGAUAUCCAACAAAUUGCGACCCGCCAAACUGGCAAACUGCCCCAUUGGAAAUUUUCCCACAGCAUCCGAAUCGGACACCCGACCCUUCUUCAAGGAUCCCUUCACCGGCGCGCAACUUUCAACGACAACGUUAUUUGCUUUGCAAACUUUCCUACCUUUUUCGUUGUUGUUUGAUAUCCCGGUGACAGAUCAAGAUGGCAGCCUUUUUCAAAGCAGUUAAUGCCAAGAUUAGGUCGAAUCCGACCGUGAGCUACUUCUGCUCUACACACUUCUGGGGGCCUGCGUCAAACUUCGGUAUUCCAGUUGCCGCCGUUAUGGACGCACAGAAAUCACCUGAGCUGAUUUCCGGCCAAAUGACCCUCGCGCUCACAAUUUACUCGGCAACCUUCAUGCGAUACGCCCUCGCCGUAACACCCAAGAACUACCUCCUCUUCCUAUGCCACUUCAUCAACGAGGGUUCGCAAUUAACACAAGGAUACCGAUACCUCCAAUGGCACCACUGGGGUGGGAAAGAGAAGGCUGGUGUCAAGGGUGCUGUCGAAGAAGCAAAAGAGAAGGCUACCACAGCCAGCGAUAAAAUCAAAGAGGCUGUCUCGAAAUAGAUUUUUCCAAAAUCCGGGAUAUUCAAGGCGUCUGUUAUGUCUCUAGUGCAAUUCGUCACCGGGGGUAUUAUGCAUUUGACUAGAGGGAUCGCACAUCUGCAUUUAGAGUGAUCUCAACGCUUCGACAGAGGGGUUGAGGGGAGGGUUUGGAUGGAAUCAUGCGUAAAUGAGUGAAGGAGUGUCAUGACUUUGUACUUCUAGUGCAUCAAAAAGGACCAUAAAGUCAUUUCUGUGGUAGCUGCCUUGGAUUCUAAUUAGAAUUGAUAUCCUGAUUCCAACCAUGUUAGCCCGUCGGUGACACUCAUACGCAGAACAGAUGGCUAGGUGAGAGGUACGUUGUUGAAUCUCUCUAGGUCGAGGGAAUUGGCAAUUUGGCCACAGCGAUAUCGAUACCUUACGUAUUG